AGGGCGGCCUCCGCCAUUAAAAGAUGGCGCCUGGCUAGUUGCCAGGUUAGGAUUGCCUCCUGAGACUAAGCGGAACGCCCAAAGAGGAAGUAAACAGCAUUGGUUGCUAGCGAAGUUGUUCGUUUAGGUGCACAGCCUGAUUCACUUGCUCCUGUACCCUGCUUGCUGAUUGGUCAUGUAAGCGUAUAUAAGUGUGUAGACUUGCGGAAAUAAAGAGAGAGAAGAUGCAUCCGAAUCAGGGUUCUUGUCGUCCUUGCGGGGCGAGGGCGAUAAAUGGCGCCGGCACCUGGGAACUAAAUAAAGGAAUCUUGCAAGGUAAUCCGCAGGAAAGCGGGGAGUAAAGGUCCGCAGGAAAAGGAGCGGCUGGUGCGUGCAGCCUUGCCUCCAAACACCAGUCAUGAUGCUGAAGAUGCUGAUGAUAACUCGGGAUGCUACACCUCCUGAGGCAGACUCAAGCCAGAGAGCUGUCAGCAGUGGUUAAAGCAUGGCUAUAUCCUUUACCAGUGUCUAACUCUUCUCUCAUAUUCCCUCCUCUCCCUUUGAUGCAUGGCAGGUCUGUAACUUGCUAGGAGCAUAUACUGAUAUCUCAGCAGUGUCCAUGUUAAAUGGUGGCAAAUUCCUCAACUGUUCUUAUAGACAAAAUGACUCUAGUACCUUUGAGACAACAGUUAAUGUGUCUUGUCCCAAUAAUAUUACUUAUCAGCCCACUCCCAUAUGCGUCUGGCCACCGUUCCUUUUCCUCGUAACAAAUGCUAGUGAGCUGAAUGAUACGUUGAAUUGCACUAAGAAUUGCUAUCUUUCCCAGUGCUGGCAUGUCACGGCCUUCAAGCUGGCUGUGAUUAUGCGUAUCCCUACCCAUGUUCCUAUCCCAGUUUCCAUUCCAGAGGACAAGUUACCGGUGGUGCUAUCCAGAAAGAAGAGAGAUUUUGGUAUCACAGCCACCGUUGUGACAGCAUUGGCUAUAUCUACAGCAGCUGCCACGGCAGCAGCACUCUCGCUUGCUGCAACUAUACCCACUGCGGAAGCUGUGAACACCCUUGCAGAAGGAACGGCGGCUGCCCUUCAAACACAGACUCAGAUCAAUGCACAUCUGCAAGCAGGAAUCCUGAUAGUCAACCAGAGAGUGGAUUUGGUUCAAGAACAAGUGGACAUAUGGGGGGCCCUAAUGGGACUGGGAUGCAUAGUACCCUUCCCGGCAAUUUGUGUAACUCCCAUAGCCUAUACUAAUAUGAGUGACUUACAGAAUGUCUCCCGACAGCUCUCCCAAUACUUGUGGGGGAAUUAGUCUGCAGAAUUCCAAAACUAUACUCAGCACCUGCUACUAGGCAUAACAAGGAUAAAUAAUAUCAGAGUUGAGCUUGCAACCCUCCCAGAGAUAAUCAAAACAUUGCAAGAUGUGUUAACCCUUACGAAACAAUGGGCUAGCAUAAUUGGUCUGAUGACAAUCCUCGUAGUGGGCUUGACUCUGCUAGUAAGGAAACUGCAAAUUUGGAGGCGACAGCAACCUAGGCAACAGCAAGCCAUGGUGCAGGCCUUGUUAGCCAUCGAGGCUGGAACAUCCCCCCAAGUGUGGCUAAGUAUGCUGGAUCGGUAGUCAUUUUGUUUAUAAGAACAGUUGUAAGAUUGGUGGGGGAAAUAUACCAACCUAAGACAGGACGCAGAUCAUUGAUAUCUGCCGUCUGAUGAUGGGAAAGGACAUUCCCCGCCACUGACAACCUAAGACAGGCACGAUCCCUGCCAUAAAAGAAAAAAGGGGGAGAUGUCGGAGGCAGGCCCCUGGCCAGGGCGGCCUCCGCCAUUAAAAGAUGGCGCCUGGCUAGUUGCCAGGUUAGGAUUGCCUCCUGAGACUAAGCGGAACGCCCAAAGAGGAAGUAAACAGCAUUGGUUGCUAGUGAAGUUGUUCGUUUAGGUGCACAGCCUGAUUCGCUUGCUCCUGUACCCUGCUUGCUGAUUGGUCAUGUAAACGUAUAUAAGUGUGUAGACUUGCGGAAAUAAAGAGAGAGAAGAUGCAUCC